GCUAAAUUAUUCUUUGCCAAGGGGCAGCCCCUCCUUCAGCCUCUGGGACUCCGGCUAAGCCCGCCCUGGCCCAUGCAUGGAUGGCUGUGCGGUACUGACUUUCCCAGACACAGGGAUCAGACAUCUUCCUCGUGGAAAAUUGUAUAAUGAGCAUGAAACAGCUGUGUAUUCACCUAGAGGGGAAGUUCCCUUAAGAAACUGUAAGGGGAGAGACUCUGCCACCCCAGGCUCUCCAAGGCCACUCCCAGGGGAGAGGGAGGGCAAGUGGUAGUUUUUCUGAGCUACUAUGAGUUCUUGGAAAGAAAACCUUUCCCACCUCUCUCAUGCUCACCCCCUUGACAUGGCAGCAGUCCCGGGGGUGGGGGCGCUGAGAGGUUGGGUCAUGUAGCUUAGUGUGUGCGUCUCUAAUUGAUGCGUUGCAUCAGCCAGCCAGGCUGGGGACCUCCCUGGGGUGAGACUGCUGCAGUGGCCUUGACCAUGGACAAUGGCCGACUCAGCCUUCCUGUGACAUGCUCACUGCAUGUGUGCCCCGAGUGUGCAAGAACGUGGAUGUGGAUUAGGGUAUGUAGUGGACGUGUGUGGAUGUGCUUGGGGGCGUACACAGCUCACUUAGUGUGGUUGUGGGAGGGAACCUGUGUGCAGGCAAACCUCUGGUUGCAUGCAGAGCACAUACCAGCAAAAUUAAUCAUCUCUUCCAGUCGAGCUUUGCAAUUUACAAAUUCCCUUUACUUUAGCUCAUGACCCUCCUUAUUCUGGGAGGCAGGCAGAUAUUAAUAUCUUCACCUGAGAGAUGAGGAAACUGAGGCCCAGAGAUGUUGGGUGACUUGCCCGAGGUCACAGAGCCGGUGAAUGCCAGAGUGGGACCUUGACUUCAGAUCUGCGAAGUCCAGCUUCUUUGUGUGUGACUGCUGGAGCAGGUGUGUGGAGCAGGGGGAGGAGGGUGUCCGGCCCCCAGCUUGCCAUGCUCUCUAAAGAAGCUGGCGGCAAGACGCAAAAGCAAGAGUGCAAAGGAGAAGGAACCCCAGACUCGGGCUGGCCACACCAAAGCCUUUUGACUCCUCUGCCUUUUCACUGCACCAUUUGGCCAAACCCCAACCCUAGUGGAUGGCCCUACCACUGGCUUUCCUCAGGCGGCUCCAGGGCAGCCAGGCUCUGCCAGAGGAGGUCACACAACAGACCAGCUUGAAAUCACCUUGUGCUCAUGAUCAACAUCCUGAAAUGGGUGGGCAGUGCCCCCUGGCAACUCCCUGUUUUCCGGGUCACCUUGCUGGCCCCAAUGACUACUUCAGACUUCUCCGCUCAUCUCAAACAGCCACCCUUCCUGGCCCCCCUCGCACCCUCGGCAGAUAACCUUGUCUUCUGCUUCAUAGAGAAGAUAGAAGCCUCAGCCAAGACCUUCCCCCCUUUCGGAAGGGAGCAUCCCUCCUCUCUAGGCUGAAAUCUCAACCUCGCCUUUCCAUCUGAUCUCCUUCUACCUGUAUAGGAAUGUUACCCUAAAGAUUCUGCCUCUCCCUUGUCUACAGUCAGUCUCUCCCUCUCCAGUGGAAUCUACCAGUUGCCACUGAAACAUGCUUAAGAUUCUCUCAUCUUGAAAUAUAUAGCUACAACAGCUAACAUUUAUUGAGCGCUUACUGUGUAUCAGGGUUGAGGUUAACAUAAAAACCAAAAACCAAAGGUCUCCCAACUCCACAGCUCCCUCCAGCCCCCCCAUUUCCUUUCCCAGACAAAAUUCUGAAAAAUGAUAUAUAUACAUUCCACUGUCUUCAUUCUCUCAUCUCAAACUCACUCUCCAAUCCACUUCAGGCUGCCUUCUGCCCGCCCCCAGCACUCCACCAAAACGGUUAGAGCUAAGGCCACCAGUGACCUCCAUGUGGCCAGAUCCUGCAAACAUUUUUUAUUCUUAAUCUCUCAAUAACAUUCAAAAUGGUUGACCACCUCCUCUUUUUUAAACUGCUCUUUCCUGGGGUGCCUGCAUGGCUCAAUCAAGCGUCCAACUCUUGAUUUCAGCUCAGGUCAUGAUCUCAGGGUCAUGAGAUUAAGCCCUGCAUCUGGCUCCAUGCUCAGCAUGGAGUCUGCUUGAGAUUCUCUCUCUCCCUCUGCCCCUCCCCUCAACCCCGCUCAUCGCACACUCUCUCUCUCUCAAAAAAGAAAAAAAAAGUGUGAAACAUUUCCAACACCCCAGAAAUUUCCUUUGGGCCCCUUCCCGGUCAAUACUACCCCACAAGAGUUAACCAUUAUUCUGACUUCUGUCAGUACAGAUAAGUUCCACCUGUUUUGAAGUUCCUAGAGUAUAGUACCCUCCAUACAGUAUGCACACUUUUGUGCCUGUCUUCUUUUGCUUAGGAUUUUGUCUCUGAGAUUGUCUCAUUCUGUGUGGUGGUAGUUAGCACUUUGUCAAUGCUGUGUAGUAUCUCAUUAUAUAAAUACACCAAAAUGUAUUUGUCCGUUCUACUCUUGCUAGACAUUUGGAUUGUUACUAGUUUUUUGGCUGUUAUAAAUAAAGCUAUCAUGAACAUUCUUGCUUAUGUUUUCUGGUUGUCCUAUGUACUCAUAUUUUGGGUAUAUAACUAGGGGCUGUGGUUAAGUCACAGGUUGGGAUUCUGUUUGGCUUUGGUGGAUAUUGACAAAUCAAGCUUGAUCUCUUUCCCUCCCUCCCUCCCUCCCUUCCUUCCUUCCUUUCGACUUUCUAUCCUUGGGCUGUCUUGUCUUCACUCAUGACUCUAGUCAGCAUCUAGACCCUGGCAGGCCAGAUGUGUGCUUCCGUCCAGCUCUUUCCUCCCAGACUCUGCGCCGGUGGCCAAUCUCCCCCUUCACAUCUCCACUUGGAUGUCCCUGAGGCUCGAAAAACCCAGCAUGCGCAAAGCCAAAUUCAUCAUCUUAUCUCCCAAACUGGUCCUUUCCUUGUGUUCCUGGCCUAGUGAGCCACCCCACCAUUCAGCCUCUUAUGCAAACUAGCAAGCAUCCCUACAUUCCAUCUCCUUCACCUCCCUUAACGGGAUCUGCCACUCUUGGCUCCUAAACAUCUCCACCCUAUCACCCCAUUCCAAGCUGGUCCACUCCCUGUCUCACCUACACCCGCAAUGGUUUCCUGACAGGUCUUCCGGCACCUCCUCUGGCUGUUCCCAAGCUGUCUCUUCAAAACACUGCUCCGAUCACUUGAAACCCUUCCAUGGCACACCUCCCAUUGUCCUUGGACCAGAAUCUUUGCUGUGACCUUCAAGGCCCCGGAAGGGUCUGGGUCCUGCCUGUUUAUCCAGCCUGUUCUUACCCCGCUCUGGCUCUCCAGCUAUAUUCUCCUCCUCUGAGCUCUCCACCCAACCCACCUGGGGUCUUCAGGGCCUUUGCAUGACUCUGCCCUCUGGAAUAUUCUUCCCCCACCCCACCUCAUACAGACCUAAUUACUCCUCCUUAUUCUCCUUAUUUUUUAGAUCACAAUUCAAGCAUCACUUCCUCAGAGAAACCUGCUUUGAUUCCCUAGGGUGGGUCAGAUCCUCUGUCACUCCCUCCCAGAGAGCCAAAUUAUCUUUUCAUAGCACUUAUCAUGAUUUGCAAUUAAAUAUUCACUUGUGCAAUUUUUAGAAAAUGGUGUCUGUCUUCCCCAUUAGACAGUAAGCUCCACAAGGGCAGGAUCCCGGUUCAUUGUAUAUUCUUCAUGUGUCCUCAGCACAUAGACACUCAGGAAAUAGUUGAUGAAUAAAUGAAAGAAUAAAGGAGGGAGGAAUUUGCAAGGGGAGAUCUAAUUCUAAUCUCAUGCCUACCACUUGCUCUCCAUGAAACUUGAACAGGUCACUGUGCCUCAGUUUCCUCAUUUGUCAAAUGGGGGUGAGGUUACUCAAACCUGCUUAUUUCAGUAGGUUGUAUAAGGAUCCCAUGAGAUAGCCACUGAAAAGCAUGAAACAUUCUACAGAUGUUGGCAGCAGUGAGGCGGGGGGUGCGGGGGUGUGUUUAGAAAGAGAUGCGGAGAAAGUCAGAAACCACUGAGUUGCCACACACAGUUUGAGAGUGGUACUGGGUAGGGAUUGACCCGGGGAAGACUUGCCUCCUUGGACAGAGGAUUCAGAAGUGGAUGUUGUCCUGCAUGGGUGUCUGCUCGGCCACUUCUCCUGGGGCCUCUGUGUGCUUGCGGGUCUGCAUGUGAUGCUUGAGACUCUCCUUACCUCCCAUUACUGUGAAGAGUUUGGAUUGGUCUACUGGAACAAGAUGAGGCGGGAGAGGAUGUUAGAGGAGGGAGGAACUGCGGUUGGGGGGGCGUGUGUGUGUGUGUGUGUGUGUGUGUGUGUGUGUGUGUGUGUGUGUUGCCCCACAAGGGAGCUGUGUGUGGUGAUGUGUAGGUGUGCAGUGUGGGUUUUUGUGUUGGUGUGGGGGAAGACGGGCCCUGCCAUCCUGGAUGCGCUGUCCUCUGAAGCUUCUCUGUGUGUGCAUGUCCUUCUGUCUAGUGAAGCCGCGUGGUGGAAGUGUCCCCUGCCUUAGUUUCUUCCCUCUGGAAGUCUAAUCGCUUCCCCUUCCAGGAAGUCUGAAGGAGAGGAACAGUGCCCUCUAGUGGGUAUGGAACACAUGGGUAGCUGCAGCCUCCCCACCCCCAACCCAGGCCUAGAACUUACCUCUGCACAGCCUGAUGACGUGCAGAGCUCUCUGAGAGCUGAGGUCUGCUAGUGGGGAAGCAAAUGCACACAGGGCAGGAAACAUAAAAGGAACCCCUUAGUUCAUGCAGAAGAAGCCUGAGGACAACACUGGAGGUGGGGUGAGGGUUUAUCUCUCUCCUCAUCUCUGCAGUGACCUCGCUGGUUGCCGUGGGUGUUCCUGGUCUUCCUUGGUUCUGGUUUCUUCACAUGGUCACUGCGUCUUGCUCUUUCAUUCUCAUAGUCUCUGUCCUCAAGGAGCUAUUGGUUACUACUCAUGCCUGAAGGGGCUUGAGCAGAAUUGGGCCCUUCAUUCUGUUUCCUGGGUGGGUACUCACUAUGCCCUGUGCAGUCAGGGAAGGCUUCUCGGAUGAGGUAAUGUGUGAGCAAGGUCUUGAAAAAUGAGGAGAAAUUCUUCAGAUGGAGUCCAGGGAAGGCAUGGAGCUGUGGAUGAGCCUAGCGGGUCUGCAGAAUGGAAGAAGGGCAUGGUGGCUAGAGGCUAAACUGCUGUGGAGGGGUGGGGAAGGGAGGCUGGAAGGUAAAUUGCAAGGGCCUCACAUAACUUUACCUGAGAUGGGGGUGAUUUCACCAAGAGGCACUAAGGAGUGAAGAAGGUCUCAGGGCUGGAGAACCGUCAGAAUUACAUACAGAAUUAUAUAAGGUGGGGAGAAACUGUGGGGAGGCAGGGAGUUAGGGAGACCAGUUGGAAGGCCAAUGUUUAGGCAAAAGAGGUGGAGGCCAGUCUGAGGGCAAUGGGGAAAGGAUGGAGAGGAGCCAGAUCUCAAAGGCUGCUCUUCUUUUGGGGCCUCUGUGUCCCUGGCAGCAAAGUUGAGGCCAAAGGUCCCACAUCAGUCACUUCUGCUGGAACUUGGCAUCUUGCCUCCCAUCCCCAACAUACUCCAGGGUCCCCGCAUGCAAAUGGAGAAGGGAAGAGGUGUAGGAGCAGGGAGGGAGAGGAGAAAAGGAGGGGAAGGGGGCCUGGGGCUGUGGGAUGGUUAAGGAAUCACAAGGUCCAAGUAGACUCAUCUGACCCCCACUGCUUUGUCUCUGGCCCUGCAGAGGAAGGGUUAACAUGCUUCCCCUCCCUCCCUCCCUCCCUUACACUCCUCCCCUCAGGUCACCUUCUAGGCCCUGGAGACUUGACUGGUGGCUCAAGUUCCUCCAUCAGUGGCCCCGAGUAACCAGAGCACAGAGGGGCCAGGGACCCGGGGUCAGAGAAUGGUAAACUGGGGGCAAGGGGACCCUCAGAAGGGCAAGGGAUGAGGGUUUUGGGGGGCAUCCCAGGUUGGUUCCUGACACUCUCCACCUGACCUAGCAGAUUGCUCUGAUCUCAAUUUCUUCCACCUACCAGAAAGGAUUCCUCGAACUCCUCUCCUGGACCAGUGAGGGGUGGGCAAGCUGGGAGGGGAGUGGUGAUCUGCCAGGAAGCUUUUCAGCUGCAAGAGACAGGGUGCCUCCCCCCUGGUGCCGGGAACUGGCCAUAAAUGAGUCUGUGGUCAGUGAGAGACCUCUGCUAAUGGAACCUGGGCUGCCCCCCAAGCCACAGAAGGGAAAGGUGGAGGAGGGGAGAGUGACCUAAGUGCAGCUCAGCAUGGGGGAGGGUGCUGACUGGAAGCUCAGCCAGGGUCAGGGGAGGGAGGGGAGGAUAAAUGCGGUCAAGGACUGGCUGGAGGGAAAUUGGAGGUCAAGGCAAUGAUUGCAGGGGAAUUAAGGGUUCAGGAAGUAACAGAGUAAAUUGGGGUCACGGCAGUGACUGAAAGGGAACUGGGGUCUUAGGAGUGUAUUGGGAGAAGGUGGGGGUGUGGUCAAUGAAAUAACUGGAAGGGGGGAGAUUAUGAGUCAGGGGGAGUCAAGGAGGAAUUAGAGGUCUGAGAGAGUACGGAGCUCCAGGGUCUCAGGGGAACGGCUGCACCAGGUGGGAAUGGGGGUGAGGACCCAGAAUUGGGGUAGGAAGACCAAAGGAAGGGCUGAGGAGUAGAUGAGAGGGUGACAGGGAGGCUUGAAUGUCAUGAGGGAGGGGCAGGGACUGUUGCUCCGGGCUGUGGGAGCAGAGGCAUCUGCUAGGGCCCAUCUCACCUGGAGCCCUGAGGCUUUUCCAUGGUUUCCACUAUCUUCCACCCUCUCUGUCCUGCGGGAGCUGGUUACCGGAAAGGGGCUCUGGCCCCGCUCCUCUCCAUCUGCCUCCCUUUCCCACUGCCAUCCAUUAUUCAUCAGCCCAGACGCCUGCCCUCCCCCUCCCCGCUCCGGGCUGGGCAGGCAGGUCCUCCUCUCCACGCCCCGCCCCACCUCCGCCACACCGCCACCAAGGCCCGGGCGAGGGAGAACAGCCGGCUGGCCGGGCUGCCGGGACCCGGCCGACUCGGGCUGGGUGGCUGACCCUGCCAGAUCCUGCCCGAGAUCCUGUCUGCUUCUCCCUUCUCCUGCCAAUCCCCCAGGGGCCAGGAAGCCUCUGAAGAAGAUGCCCAUCCAGAUCUUCUGCUCUGUGUCCUUCUCCUCUGGAGAGGAGGGCCCAGGGCCCUUGGGAGAUGUUUGGGGUCCCCACCAGCGGCAGCGGCAGCGGCAGCAACAGUGGGACAACUCAGAAUCAGAAGAGGAGGAAGAAGAGAAGGAAGAGGAGGCAGUGAGGAAGGAGCCUAGAGAGGGGGAUUCGCCCAUGGAUUUGGUGGCCUUUGCCAACAGCUGCACCCUGCAUGGCGCCAGCCACAUCUUCGUGGAGGAGGGUCCAGGGCUGAGGCAGGCCCUGUGGGCAGUGGCCUUUGUCCUGGCCCUGGGCGCCUUCUUGUGCCAGGUGGGGGACCGCGUCGCCUAUUACCUCAGCUACCCGCACGUGACUCUGCUGGACGAGGUGGCCACCACGGAGCUGGCCUUCCCGGCCGUCACCCUCUGCAACACCAAUGCCGUGCGCCUGUCCCAGCUCAGCUACCCCGACUUGCUCUACCUGGCCCCCAUGCUGGGGCUGGAUGAAAGUGAUGACCCUGGGGUGCCCCUCGCCCCACCGGGGCCCGAGGCCUUCUCUGGGGAGCCCUUUAACCUGCACCGCUUCUACAAUCGCUCCUGCCACCGGCUGGAGGACAUGCUGCUCUAUUGCUCCUACUGCGGGGGGCCCUGUGGCCCUCACAACUUCUCGGUGGUCUUCACACGGUAUGGCAAGUGCUACACAUUCAACUCGGGCCGAGAUGGGCGUCCACGACUGAAGACCAUGAAGGGUGGGACUGGCAAUGGGCUGGAGAUCAUGCUGGACAUCCAGCAGGACGAGUACCUGCCUGUAUGGGGAGAGACUGAUGAGACGUCCUUCGAAGCGGGCAUCAAAGUGCAGAUCCACAGUCAGGAUGAACCUCCCUUCAUCGACCAGCUGGGCUUUGGUGUGGCCCCGGGGUUCCAGACCUUUGUGUCCUGCCAGGAGCAGCGGCUCAUCUACCUGCCCCCGCCCUGGGGCACCUGCAAAGCUGUUACCAUGGACUCGGAUUUCUUCGACUCCUACAGCAUUACUGCCUGCCGCAUCGACUGUGAGACACGCUACCUGGUGGAGAACUGUAACUGUCGCAUGGUGCACAUGCCAGGGGAUGCCCCAUACUGCACUCCAGAACAGUACAAGGAGUGUGCGGAUCCUGCUCUGGACUUCCUGGUGGAGAAGGACCAGGAGUACUGUGUGUGUGAAAUGCCCUGCAACCUAACCCGCUACGGCAAGGAGCUGUCCAUGGUCAAGAUCCCCAGCAAAGCAUCAGCCAAGUACCUGGCCAAGAAGUUCAACAAGUCUGAGCAGUACAUAGGGGAGAACAUCCUGGUGCUGGACAUUUUCUUUGAAGUCCUCAACUAUGAGACUAUUGAGCAGAAGAAGGCCUAUGAAAUUGCAGGGCUCCUGGGUGACAUUGGAGGCCAGAUGGGGCUGUUCAUUGGGGCCAGCAUCCUCACGGUACUGGAGCUCUUUGACUACGCCUAUGAGGUCAUCAAGCACAAGCUGUGCAGAAGAGGAAAGUGCCAGAAGGAGGCCAAAAGGAGCAGUGCGGACAAGGGUGUGGCCCUUAGCCUGGAUGACGUCAAAAGACAUAACCCGUGUGAGAGCCUCCGGGGCCACCCCGCCGGGAUGACGUAUGCUGCCAACAUCCUACCUCACCAUCCGGCCCGAGGCACUUUUGAGGACUUUACCUGCUGAGCCCCGCAGGCCACUGUACCAAAGGCCUAGAACAGGACUUUGGCAGGUCACCUGUGCAUUGGUCUGGAGCUGCAGAGUGAGGCUAUGGGAUUUUCGGGAACUCUUGGUUCCUAGAAGUUCCUUGGAGAUCAGACCUCUCCAGAGGGAAGCAGGAGCAAGGCC